AUGAAGAUGACGGUGGAUUUCGAGGAGUGUCUGAAAGACUCGCCCCGUUUCAGGGCUGCUUUGGAAGAAGUGGAAGGAGAUGUGGCAGAAUUGGAACUGAAACUUGAUAAGCUUGUGAAACUGUGUAUUGCAAUGAUUGAUACUGGAAAAGCCUUUUGUGUUGCAAAUAAACAGUUCAUGAAUGGGAUUCGAGACCUGGCACAGUAUUCUAGCAAUGAUGCUGUAGUUGAGACAAGUUUGACCAAAUUUUCUGACAGUCUUCAAGAAAUGAUAAAUUUUCACACAAUCCUAUUUGACCAAACUCAGAGAUCAAUUAAGGCACAACUUCAGAACUUUGUUAAAGAAGAUCUCAGAAAAUUCAAAGAUGCCAAGAAGCAGUUUGAAAAAGUCAGUGAAGAAAAAGAAAAUGCAUUAGUAAAAAAUGCUCAAGUGCAGAGAAACAAACAGCAUGAGGUUGAAGAAGCCACAAACAUUCUGACAGCAACAAGAAAAUGUUUUCGUCACAUAGCCCUCGAUUAUGUACUUCAGAUUAAUGUCCUUCAAUCAAAAAGGAGAUCAGAAAUCCUGAAAUCAAUGUUAUCCUUUAUGUAUGCCCAUUUGGCUUUCUUCCAUCAAGGAUAUGAUCUAUUUAGUGAACUUGGGCCCUAUAUGAAGGAUCUUGGUGCACAGUUGGACCGACUGGUUGUAGAUGCAGCAAAGGAGAAAAGAGAGAUGGAGCAGAAACACUCCACCAUUCAACAGAAGGAUUUCUCCAAUGAUGAUUCUAAGCUAGAAUAUAACGUAGAUGCUGCAAAUGGCAUUGUUAUGGAAGGUUAUCUGUUCAAACGUGCCAGCAAUGCCUUCAAAACUUGGAACAGACGCUGGUUUUCAAUACAGAAUAAUCAGUUGGUUUACCAGAAAAAGUUUAAGGAUAAUCCCACUGUGGUGGUGGAGGAUCUCAGGCUCUGCACAGUGAAACAUUGUGAGGACAUAGAACGACGAUUCUGCUUUGAGGUGGUCUCUCCAACAAAAAGUUGUAUGCUUCAGGCAGAUUCUGAAAAGCUGCGCCAGGCAUGGAUUAAGGCUGUUCAGACCAGUAUUGCUACUGCUUACAGAGAGAAGGGUGAUGAAUCAGAGAAGCUGGAUAAGAAAUCGUCUCCAUCCACAGGGAGCCUGGAUUCUGGAAAUGAGUCGAAAGAUAAGCUGUUAAAAGGAGAAAGUGCAUUGCAGCGAGUCCAGUGUAUACCGGGGAACGCCAGCUGUUGUGACUGCGGUCUGGCAGACCCACGGUGGGCCAGCAUCAACCUGGGCAUCACCUUGUGCAUCGAGUGUUCUGGGAUCCAUCGGAGUCUUGGAGUUCAUUUCUCAAAAGUGCGAUCUUUAACUUUAGAUACCUGGGAGCCUGAACUUUUAAAGCUUAUGUGUGAGUUGGGGAAUGAUGUUAUAAAUAGAGUUUAUGAAGCCAACUUGGAAAAAAUGGGAAUAAAGAAACCACAUCCAGGACAAAGACAGGAGAAAGAGGCGUAUAUCAGAGCAAAAUAUGUGGAGAGGAAAUUUGUGGAUAAAUACUCUAUGUCAUCAUCACCUCCUGAGCAGGAAAAAAAGAUUGUCUCCAAAAGUUGUGAAGAAAAGAGGCUGAGCAUUUCUAAACUUGGGCCAAGUGAACAAAUUAGAGCAUCUCCUCAGAGUUCAGUGGUUGCUGUAAAUAGCGACGAGGCCAGGCGGGAGUCUCUCUUCUGUCCUGAUGAGCUAGAUUCACUCUUCUCCUACUUUGAUACUUCUUCAAAACUACGUAGUAUCAAAAGUAAUGACAGUGGAAUCCAGCAGAGCUCUGAUGAUGGAAGAGAAUCUUUACCCUCCACAGUGUCAGCCAAUAGUUUGUAUGAACCUGAGGCAGAAAGGCAAGAUUCUUCUGUGUUUCUUGACUCUAAACAUCUUAAUCCAGGACUCCAGCUUUAUAGGGCUUCAUAUGAAAAAAAUCUUCCUAAAAUGGCUGAGGCUUUGGCUCACGGCGCAGAUGUGAACUGGUCUAAUUCCGAGGAAAACAAAGCAACACCACUUAUUCAGGCUGUGUUAGGGGGCUCUUUGGUUACAUGCGAGUUUCUCCUACAGAAUGGUGCUAAUGUGAACCAAAGAGAUGUGCAGGGCCGGGGACCACUGCACCAUGCCACCGUCUUGGGGCACACAGGGCAGGUAUGUUUAUUUCUAAAAAGAGGUGCCAAUCAACAUGCCACUGAUGAAGAAGGGAAGGACCCUUUGAGUAUAGCUGUGGAAGCAGCCAAUGCUGAUAUAGUGACCUUGUUACGUUUAGCAAGAAUGAAUGAAGAGAUGCGGGAAUCAGAAGGACUUUAUGGACAGCCAGGUGAUGAAACUUACCAGGACAUUUUUCGUGAUUUCUCCCAAAUGGCAUCCAAUAAUCCAGAGAAACUAAAUCGUUUCCAGCAAGAUUCACAGAAAUUUUGA